AUGGCUUCGGGGGUGGCUGCGCGCCGGGACGCCAAGAAACUGGUGCGCUCGCCCAGCGGCCUGCGCAUGGUGCCCGAGCACCUCUCCUUCAGCAGCCCCUUCGGCCUAGAGGAGCCGCAGUGGGUCCCAGACAAGGAGUGCCCCAGAUGCAUGCAGUGUGACACUAAGUUUGACUUCAUCACCCGAAAGCACCACUGCCGCAGGUGUGGGAAGUGCUUCUGCGACAGGUGCUGCAGCCAGAAGGUGCCGCUGCCACGCAUGUGCUUCGUGGACCCCGUGCGGCAGUGUGUGCAGUGUGCCCUGGUGUCGCAGCGUGAGGCCGAGUUCUACGACAAGCAGCUCAAAGUGCUCGUCAGUGGUGCCCCUUUCCUUGUGACUUUUGGGAAGACGGGAACACCUGAGGCAAUGGUUUGCCGCCUGUCCAACAAUCAGAGAUUCUUGGUUCUGGAUGGAGAUAACCAUCACGAGAUCGAGGUCACACGGAUCUCCAGCAUGCAGGUCCUAGCGGAGGGCCUGCCCCCUGGAGCAGGCAGUGCCCGGGCCUCAGGCAUGCUGCUGCACUACACAGUCCCUGGGACCGAAGGUGUGACCCAGCUGAGGCUGAUGGUCGGGGAGGACACCAGCGCCAGCAAGAGGCCGGCCACAGCAUGGCUGGUCGCCAUGCACAAGGCUGCAAAGCUCCUGUACGAGUCCCGGGACCAGUGA